CCUAAGAAAUCCAGUUACUUCUUGUAAUUUCUAUGCAUUGCACGGAAGAGAUACGAACACCCCAAUUAUGAAGUUGUUUGAAGUUUUGUCUGGUACUGUGUUUGUAUUGUUAUUGGCGCGGCUUAAUCAAGCCUGUCCACGAACUCCAGAGUGCACAAGUAUUCAUGACCGUGAAGAAUUGAGAGCUGGUAAGGCUGCACUUUACAAUGGCAAAUCCGAAGGUAACAGAUAUAUCGUGGUUCUUGAGGAUGAUGAGGAUACAGACGCAAUGAAGAAAAAAGUGGAUAACGUAAGAUCUUCUGAGAGCAGCCGUAUCACCCCUUGCAAAACACUCAACGGGCACUCUAAUGGCAUAAACGCAGUCGUAUGUGACCUUAAUGAGGACGAACUAGACCAGAUUCUUGAAAUGGAGGGUGUGAAGUAUGUCGAAAAAAGUUUGGUAGGCAAACUGUCUGCGUACACUGAUGUUUGGGGGUUAGAUCGUAUUGACCAGCGGAACCUUCCACUAGACAACAACUAUUCACCAAUUGGAAAUGGUUAUAACGAAAUCGUGUACGUUAUCGAUUCUGGCGUCAAUACCGACCAUGCUAUGUUUGGUGGCAGAGCAGAGAAUUGGCACGAAGUUGUUAAAACCGAUGAGGAGGACUGCAUCGGACACGGCACGCACGUUGCCGGUACGAUUGCUGCAGCAACGUACGGGGUCGCCCAGGGUGUGAAAAUACGCAGUGUACGCGUAGGUGGAUGCUCGGCAAAUGUUGAUGAGGAAGAUGUAGUUGAAGCAAUUAACUAUAUUCUGAAUAAUGGGGACAGUGGUAGUAUCGUAUCCAUGUCACUUGGAUUUGACAAAUGCAAAGCGAUUGACGAUGCUGUAAAGAGGUUGAUUCGAGCGGACUAUGUUGUUGUAGCCUCUGCAGGAAACGAUGAAAAAGAUGCAUGUGACCAGUCACCAGCUAGAGUGACCGAGGCAAUAACUGUCGGGGCCACUGAUGACACCGAUACACGAGCUUCAUUUUCAAACUUUGGAACUGGUGUAGAUGUUUUCGCACCUGGUGUGGCUGUGGAAUCACUCGAUAAUGAAUCAAACGAUGGUACAAAAAUUAAAAGUGGUACGUCUAUGUCCGCACCUCAUGUUUCAGGAGUUGCUGCGAUAUUGCGAUGUGAUGGAGUACGUGCCGGUGAAGUCCGCCAGAAAAUAAUUGACCAAUCAACUAAAAAUAAAGUCAAAGACCCGAAAGGAUCCAACAACUGUCUGCUUUUUACCUAUUGAUCAUGUAAUCUGAUUAAAGGGAAUAAGAUAUCGAUACAGUAUACUCAGACAAAUUAAGUAAAUCUAACCCUUUUAACAUUAUAUUAAGCAUUUAUUAUAUUAAUUUAGGUCCGUAGUUUAUGUUAUAAGUAUAAUGCAUUACUUAAAGUGAAAUUGCGACUAAUAAAGUAAAAUAAACACAUCAUGCCACAAUACUCGAUGCUGGGGAGUGGCUGUUUAGCGCAGCGAGUUCCAUCCAGGUUCUUAACGUGCUUGCUGGUUGUGUAAUGGCUCAUGUUAUAUUUUAGAACUAGGUGCGAGUAUUUUAUAGCUUAUAAGCAAAUUAAUUAAAAUAUUGAACCCUCUCGUCAAGCCUAUCGUACUAAUAUGAAGAAAAAUAAGAAAAAAGUAUUUAUUCUGUCCGGCAAUCAACUCCUUAGAACCCCUAAAAUUAAUAUCUGAAAAGUGGGUUUAAUAAUGUAUGAAAUGAUAGUAUUUCUCCAUAUUCUUAACUAUAUGCUUUAUUGAUAUGAUAUAGUCAGCCCCGUGAUAGUAAUUAUUGCUUAAAUAUAUUAAAUAACUUCUCAUCUUUAUAUAUCUAAAUCUAAAAAUUGCCUCCUGGAAGUCAUUUCGAUUUUCAAUAGCAUCACUAACAAGUAACUUUGCAAAGAAUACUCUAUAUCAUUAAACAAGAGUUACUCGAUUCCUCUCAAUAUUUGUUAAACGCCAACCCCAUUCCUUAUCUCAAAUCGAUCCUAACACCACAUCGCCUGUCAUCCCCGUACGCUUCCAACUAACACAGGAAAUUACCCAUAUAGCAAAUCCCACUGUCAGAUACACAGACUGCUUAUCACGAACUAUUGCUGUAAAACCCAUACAGAGAUAUCCACCCCUGAACUUGCGACUCAUCUAAACGUCAUAAGCUACACAAUCACUUGCAAUAAAUACUUACUAGGAAACUACAAGUGCAACUCCAGAACCAAUUUCAUUUAAUAUAAUUAUUCAUAAAUUAUUCAUAGAAAAUUUAUUAGAGAUAAUAAUUAUAAAGGUAUUCAUGUUUAUUAGCCGAUAAUUUUAAUAUGCACUAUCAUUCUCUACCUAAUUUUAGGCGUUUUCAGGGGCGGAUUUAGGGGAGGUAAAAAAAAAAGAAAAGA